CUUUCCCUCCCGUGCGGGCAUCAAAGUUUCUCCCCAAGGCUGUCAGUGUGGGGUUUUCCUUGGGGGCAGCCAUGGGGCCCGGUCUGAUCCUGCUGGAGACGCUGCUGCUGCUGCUCUUGGGGCCGUCCCUGGUCGUCUAUGCAAUAGAGACGAGACUCCGGACCCCUCCGGCCGCCCACUUCCUGGCCCAGGAGAAGGCCGAGUGCGGCUACGCCGACGGGGCUCGCGGGGAGGUCCGCUUCCUGUACAGGUACAUCUACGACCGGCAGGAGAUCGCCCGCUUCGACAGCCGCACCGGGUGGUACGAGGCCCUCACCGAGCUGGGCCAGCCCGACGCCCGCUACUGGAACAGCCAGAAGGAGGUGCUGGACUACAAUCGGGGCGUGGUGGACGCCCUCUGCCGCCCCAACUACGGGGUGAUGGAGACGGGGCAGGUGGUCGGCAGGGAAGUUGUGCCCACGGUGACGAUCUCCCCCACCAAGGGGGACCCCCUGGCCCACCACACCCUCCUGAUCUGCACCGCGGCCGGCUACUAUCCCCAGGGGGUGAAGAUCACGUGGCUAAAGAACGGGCAGGAGCAGACGGCGGGGGUGGGCUACGCGGAGGAGCUCCAGAACGCGGACUGGACCUACCAGUACCAGGCGAUGCUGGAGACGGUGCCCCAGCGGGGAGACCUGUACGCCUGCCAGGUGGAACACAGCAGCCGCAAGGAACCCAUCACCGUGAAGUGGGAGCCACAGACGUCGGACUCCGCCAGGAGCAAAGUGUGGACGGGGGCCGUGGGGGCCGUUCGGGCCAGCAGCCACUGCCUGACUAUCCUCCUUGAAUCCAUCCAGUCCCCCUUUAAAGCUGUCUAUUCCCGUGGCCGUAACUACGCCCUCUGGCAGUGA